AUGCCUUCAGUCGCACAUGAGGGAGUUCGGAUAGCCAUUGACAGAGGCGGUACCUUCUGCGACUUCUGGGCUCGCAUUCCGGGUCGCAAAGAUGAUGUAGUCCUCAAGCUUCUGUCCGUCUGCCCCGACGAGUAUCCCGAUGCGCCGACAGAAGGCAUCCGACAGAUCUUAGAGUUGGCAACAGGAAAGCCUGUACCUAGGGGUGAGCCCAUAGACCUUACUCCCGUCGAGUCCAUCCGUAUGGGAACGACAGUUGCCACCAACGCAUUGCUAGAGCGGAAGGGCGAACGCGUCGCUUUGCUCAUCACCAAAGGAUUUCGGGACCUCCUCAUCAUUGGUAACCAAGCUCGGCCGCAUUUGUUCGACCUGUCGGUCCAAAAGCUUGAUCGCCUCUAUGAGACUGUUGUCGAGGUGGACGAGCGUGUGACGGUCGAGGGCUUCUCUGAGGAUCCCGAGCCUGAACCCAUUGAUGUUGCGGCAGACCCUGAUCUCGUCCACGGACUUACCGGCGAGCCCUUGAGAGUACUGAAGAAACCCGACUAUGAAGAGGUCAGGGGAAGCCUCCAGUCCUUGUGGGAUCAGGGCUACCGAAGUCUAGCUGUUGCGCUCAUGCACUCAUUCACCUUCCCAGAGCACGAGCUUGAAAUUGGAAAGAUUGCACGUGAGAUGGGGUUCAAGGUCGCUCUCUCCUCCCAACUUCAGCCGAUGAUCAAACUCGUGCCAAGAGCGCAGUCCGCAACAGCAGAUGCUUACCUGUCUCCCAUCAUUUCCCUAUACUUGGAUAGCUUUCGGAAGGGCUUCAAAGGCGGACUUGAGGGAGCAGAUGCCAACAAGCUGCUUUUGUCCCAGUCAGAUGGUGGUCUGACUCCCUUUACUGAUUUCACAGGUUUAAGAGCCAUUCUGUCCGGACCCGCCGGCGGUGUAGUCGGUUAUGCGAGAACAUGUUAUGAUCCAGUCGAGGGUACACCUGUGCUUGGCUUUGACAUGGGCGGUACAAGCACAGAUGUUUCUCGAUAUGGCGGUUCGCUGGAACAUGUGUUCGAGUCGACGACUGCAGAGGUCACGAUUCAGAGUCCGCAGCUGGAUAUCAAUACUGUAGCAGCAGGUGGCGGCUCAAUGCUCUUCUGGCAAAACGGGCUCUUUAAGGUUGGCCCUCAGUCCGCAGGGGCACACCCCGGCCCGGCCUGUUACGGGAACGGCGGUCCCCUAACAAUCACCGACGCCAACUGUUUCCUCGGGCGUAUCCUUCCUGACUACUUCCCUCGUCCUCUCGAUCUCGAGAAAGUCAAGAAGGAUUUUCUCAAGCUCACCGACAUCGUGAACGAGGAGAAGCAUGGAGACGACAGGCUCACCCCUGAACAAGUUGCCAUGGGUUUCAUACAGGUCGCCAAUGCUACCAUGACCAGGCCAAUCCGCACACUUAGCGAAGGUCGUGGCUUUGAGACUUCCUCCCACAACCUUGCCUGCUUUGGUGGAGCUGGAGGCCAGCACGCCACUGCCAUUGCCCGUGAUCUUGGCAUCAAGAGAGUCUUGAUCCAUCAACUCUCUAGUAUCCUCUCGGCCUAUGGCAUGGCCCUAGCCGACGUUGUGGUUGAGAAGCAGGAGCCGGAAGCCGUUGCGUAUACGGCCGAAGCCACUCCACGCAUCAAUACCCGCUUCGACUUCUUGUCCUCGCAAGCCGAGGAAUCACUAAAGAGCCAGGGGUUCCUUCCCCACCGCAUCGAGCACGAGCUCUUCCUCAACAUGCGCUACAAGGGCGCUGAUACUGCCCUCAUGAUCUCCAAGCCCGAAGACGGUGACUUUGGCAAGGCAUUCGUAGCCAGACACCAUCGCGAGUUCGGCUUCACCCAGCCCCGCGAUAUCCUUGUUGAUGAUAUCCGCGUGCGCAGUGUUGGCCGCGCAAUGGACAUGCAUCUAUCUUCUCCAUUCGCACAGCUUGAGAGUUUGACGAAAGCGCCAUACGUUGACCGGGCGCAGGCCAAGAGCGUUCGCAAGAUUUAUUUCGAGAAGGAGGGUUGGGUUGAUUCCCAAGUUUACCACAUCGCGGAACUUCCAAAGGGUUGCAAAGUCAAGGGACCAGCCGUGGCAAUUGAUGCCACGCAAACCAUUAUCCUGGACCCUGCGAGUGAGGCAACUGUCCUGGAUGAGCACCUCGUCAUCGAGCUGUUGGAUACGGAGAAGGUUAAGGUCGGGACGGACGAGGUUGAUCCCAUUCAGCUCAGUGUGUUCGGCCACCGCUUCAUGAGUGUUGCGGAACAGAUGGGUCAAACUCUUCAGAAGACUUCCAUAUCCACCAAUAUCAAGGAGCGACUCGACUACAGCUGUGCUGUAUUCUCAGCCACGGGCGGGCUGGUGGCCAACGCUCCCCAUAUCCCUGGACAUCUCGGCUCGAUGAGUACUGCCAUCAGUUACCAGGCCAAUCUGUACAAGAAGGGAGAAUUGAAGCCUGGAGACGUCAUUCUUUCCAAUCACCCCUGCGCUGGCGGAACCCAUUUACCUGACUUGACCGUUAUCACGCCUGUUUUCGAUGACGAAGAGAAUCCACAAGAGAUCCUCUUCUUCGUUGCCAAUCGCGGACAUCAUGCAGACAUUGGAGGUAUCGCUGCCGGUUCGAUGCCUCCCAACUCGACCGAGCUUUGGCAGGAAGGUGCUGCUAUCGAGUCUUUCAAGAUGGUGAAGGAGGGUGUCUUCGAUGAAGAGGGGCUUAUUUACCACCUCUACGAAGUUCCCGGCAGCUAUCCUGGCUGCUCUGGUACACGCACACUUCGUGACAACAUUGCCGAUCUGAAAGCCUCCAUCGCAGCAAACAAUCGCGGCAUCCACCUCAUCAGCUCUCUCGUUAAGGAGUACAGCUGGCCAGUCGUUCAGUUCUACAUGGAAGCAAUCCAGAAGAACGCCGAAGAAUCCGUACGCGAGCUUCUCAAAGGCUUCAGCAAAAGGUUCCGUGGCCACCCGCUUUCCGCUGUUGACUACAUGGACGACGGCACGCCGCUCGCUCUCAAAAUCACCAUCAACCCUACCGACGGCUCGGCCAAGUUCGACUUCACGGGCACGGGACCCGAAGCCUUCAACAACCUCAACACGCCUCCAGCCAUCAUGUACAGCGGCAUCAUCUACUGCCUGCGGUGCAUGAUCAGCUCAGACAUCCCGCUGAAUCAAGGCUGCCUGACGCCGAUCGAGGUGUACUGCCCGCCCAACACGCUGUUGAGCCCGUCCCUCAAGGCUGCGACGGUGGGCUCCAACGUCGAGACGAGCCAGCGCAUAGUCGACCUCAUCUUCAAGGCCUUCCGCGCCGCCGCCGCCAGCCAGGGCACCUGCAACAACCUCACCUUCGGCUACGGCGGCCGCGACGAACGCGGCAACGUCACCAAGGGCUUCGGCUACUACGAGACCAUCGCCGGUGGCUCCGGCGCCGGUGCCGACUGGGAGGGCCAGAGCGGCGUGCAUACGCACAUCACGAACACUCGCAUGACCGACCCCGAGACGUUCGAAAAGCGCUACCCGGUCCUCCUCCGCGAGUUCAGCAUCCGCCUCGGCAGCGGCGGGCGCGGCCGCAAGCGCGGCGGCGACGGCUGCGUGCGCGACAUCGAGCUGCGCCGGCCCAUGCAGGUGUCGAUCCUGUCGGAGCGCCGCGUCAACGCGCCGUACGGCAUGGCCGGCGGCCGCGAGGGCCAGCGCGGCCUCAACCUGUGGAUCCGCAGAGAUCCCAGCGACGGCACGACCCGCACCAUCAGCCUCGGCGGCCGCGCGACCACGCUGAUGGGCACGGGAGACCGCAUCGUCGUCAUGACGCCUGGUGGUGGCGGCUACGGGAAGGAUCCGGAGGAGCUAGAGGAGGAGUUCGAGGUUGAUGGCGAGUUCCGCAUGCAUGAGAAGUUUUUGCGUAAUCCGCAUUUGUUUAGGGCGCAGGGGAGCGUGGCGGCGAGGGAGGCUAUGGGGACGCAGAAUUAG